ACUACAGGUGGCGGCAAUGAGCUGCGGACACAAACAAUCAGUGGUGACGAAGAAGACAGAGCUGACCGCCCGUUUGUUGUUCAGUACCAUGAAUGAUAAACACAACGUUUACACUUUUGAGGAUUAUAAAUGUUCACCCGAUCCAGUAUUCACAGUGGAGAGGGAAUGUCUGGAGCCUUGUCCGGCGCCGAUAGUGGUGGAUAACGGCUCGUUCCAGUGCCGCGCGGGCUGGGCGUCUGGUGUUUCUCAGCUGGAUGAGCCGCGGCUCGUGUUCAAGUCGGUAGCGGCGCGGAGCAGAGGAGCCGCUCGCAGCGAUGCGCACGUGGGAAAUGACAUCCCUAACCUCGAGCCGCUGCGCUGGACUUUCAAGAGCGCGUUUGACCGCAACUUGGUGGUUAAUUUUGACAUACAGGAGCUCAUGUUUGAUUACGUCUUCAUGCACCUCGGAAUAAGCACCCAGGGUCAUGUGGAUCACCCUGUGGUCAUCACCGAGCCACCCUGUAACCCACUUCACGGCAGACAGAUGAUGUCUGAGCUGCUCUUUGAGUGUUAUGGAGUGCCACGGGUGGCGUAUGGUGUGGACAGUCUAUUCAGCUUCUAUCAUAACAACGUCAGUGAUGGAGCAGGUCUGCCCUCGACAGGACUUGUGGUGUCAUCAGGGUAUCACUGCUCCCACGUGCUGCCCAUCAUCAAUGGCAGACUGGAUGCUCUCAAUUGUAAGCGUGUGAAUUUGGGUGGAGGUCAGGCCGCAUCAUACCUUCAGAGACUGCUGCAGCUGAAAUACCCUGCAAACCAGACUGCCAUCACGCUGAGCCGCAUGGAGCAGCUACUGCAUCAGCACAGCUAUGUUGCACUAGACUACCAGCACGAGCUGGAGAAGUGGCGAAGUCCUAACUUUUACGAGAGGGAAGUUCACCGUGUGCAGCUGCCAUUUUCAGGGCGGGCAGCUGGCGUUUGCGUGAGCGUCGAGGAGAAGAACGAGAGGAAAACGCAACAGCUCCGCCGACUACAGGAAAUCAACAGUCGCCGCAGAGAAGAGAAACUACAGGAAGACCAGAAACGACUGGAAACACUUCUGUCUGUGCAGGAGCUGCUGGAGGAUGGCUCUCUGGAACUGUUUCACAGGAGUCUGGUGGAGCUCAACAUGGACUCAGCUGAGGAGCUGCAAUCUUACAUCCAUAAACUCAGCGUGAGCGUGGAGCAGCACAGGCUCAUGAAGGCUGAGACUGCAGAGGUGGAGCAACCUGCAGAAGAUGGGAGUGAAAUGGUACCAGAUUUAAAUCAGGACAAUGAUGAGCCCGGCAAAACUACCAGUACCAUCCAGCCAUUGUUUAACAAGGCCGAGUAUCAUCAGCUGUUCGUGGGCACAGAGCGUCUGCGUGUGCCGGAGAUCUUAUUCCAGCCAUCUCUGAUCGGAGAGGAGCAGAUGGGCCUGAUGGAGACAAUGCAGUUUGUUCUGGAACAGUACCCGCCUGAACAGCAGGAGGCACUUGUGAAGAAUGUGUUUUUGACUGGAGGAAACCUGCAGUACCCCGGACUAAAAGAAAGAGUGCAGAGAGACCUGCUCGCAAUCAGACCCUUCCAGUCACAUUUUAAGGUGUCUCUGGCGAGACGGCCAGCUCUGGAUGCUUGGUUCGGGGCAUGUGAAUGGGCACUUACGAACCCUGCUGAAGCUCAGGGCUGGAUCAGCCGUCAUGAUUAUGAAGAGAACGGUGGGGAAUAUCUGAGAGAGCACUGUGCCUCAAACAUCUUCAUACCCAUGAAGCUCAAUAAACCAUCAUCAGCCACAAAACAAACCCUCAUGGGAAAAUGCUUGACAGACACAAGCCUUCCUGACACCACCAGCAAUGACAAGGACAAUGACAUUUCCCUGGUUUGAAAUGUGUUAUCCUGAUUGAUCGAGACUUCUGAAAGUUUGGACCUUUGAAACUGCAUGGCAUUUCAGUAGCCAUCAAAACAUUCUUGCAUAUCAGUUUGAGGCCUGUUUAUACAGUUGGCAUGUAUAUUUGACAAUAUUAUUAGUGAUCAGAAUUUUACAUUUUCUAGAAUACAGUGUGUUUGUUUAGUGUGUGUUUUAUUUGGUGUAUAAAGGAAGAGAAUUUCACAUUUACAAAUGUGAAGUGUUGUUGUUGUUGUUGCUGGUGUGUUUUGUCCAGACGCAGUGAAAUAUGAUUUAUUUCACAUGCUGUUCUGAUCUCACAAAAAGCAUAUGUAUAUUUUAUUCUAAUGCAGCCACUGAAGAGAAAUGCAAUUUCAGCUGUCAGGAAGAAAUGAGUAAAUUUUUUUUAAUUCCUCAAUUAUUUAUUUAUUUUUUUUUACUCUGCAAUUUCAG